AUGAAUAUUGACGAAGACAUAAUAAAUUUUACUGAAAACGCUGUUAAAAGAUAUAGGUAUUAUAGGAGUAAUAACUACAAAAGGAAUGUUCUAAAAUGUGACAGUUAUCCUAUUAAAGCUGUUAAAAUGACCAUUGUGAAUUAUGCUGCUAGAGAAAAAACCACAUAUAUAAUAAUCAUACGUAGGGAGAAGGCAUUAUAUUUCAUCAAAUGGUUUAUCUAUUUAUUAAAUUGCAGAAAUUACAGAAAUUAUAGGAACAGAAUUUCACUGGUGCAAUUACCUAAAUUUCAAAUGAUACACCGCAUAAUAUUUAUAUUUUAUAUGAAAAUAUACAUUUAUUUUUAUAGUUACUUAAUCAGUUUUAGGUUAUUAUAUCGUUUGUUAUUAUAUAAAUGCUCAACUUAUGUAGCCAAAAUAUUCAUACAUAACAUUUUAAAUAAAGUAAAUGGAAAACUUAAAAACAUAUUUAUACAAGACAUAGGAAAGGAAGAAGGAAAAUACAAAAAAACAUGUGCAGGAAAAUUAAAUAAAACUCUCGAAACCGGAUGCAUUUUAGACAACUAUAAGGUUGAGAAUAAUAAACUCACAAAAUUAUUAAAAAAAAAUUAUUAUCUUUAUUUUGUUUCAAGUAAGUUUUAUAUAGAUAACUUUUUGUGCAUAGAUCAGUUCGUUCAUGUCAAUGCAACAAAGGGGAAUAUUGCAAAGUGCCGUGAAGAAAAAUUCAGAAGAAUGUGUUACCUUGGUUGUAUUAAUAAUAUGCACGUGAAUAUCGGUAUUAAAAGAGUUAAAGAAAAAAUUCCAUGUAUCAUUACGCGAAGUAAUGAUAAUGAACCAUAUGCAACAAAGGAAUCAUACACAAGUGGCCCAAAUGAAAACGAACAAACGCCAAUAAUCCCCCAUCUGGUAAGUAAAAAUGGUGAGCACAAAAAAAGUAAGACAUUUAAAAAGAAUAAUAAAAAUUGCUUAUUGUACCAUCCCAACUGGCAUAAUGAAAUAAAGAAAAGUAGUCGAAUUUACCCUCAUUCAAUUAACAUCAGCAAUAGCAAUCAGAACUACCUCAAUUUAAGUGUAAAAGAAAGGGAUAACAACUCUUAUGAGACAUCUAGCAAUAGUGAAGAAGUAUAUGAUGAUAUUAUUUACAAUCCAUUCAAUAAUUUAAAUAAGCAUAUUUUAUCAAAGGUGUUCAUAGAAAGGAACACCAUUCUUUUUAUUGAUAGAUUGACGAAAAAAACUAUCAAGACAAAUAUUAUUUAUUAUUGGAGUACUCCCCCCCCUUUUAGUCAAAUAACAAAGGAUUUUUAUAAGCAUAAUAUUUACUCCGCAGUUCUUAUGAAAGAACACUGCAAUUCAAGUGAAACGAUUUUUCUUAUAUGUUUUAAUAUUUUUAAAAUAAUUAUUCAUAAGCUAAAAAUCCUUAAUUUUUUUGUUAUACUCGAUCUAUGUUUUAAAGUAAAUGUAUUAAAAUGUGAUAGAACUAGGAAAAUUCUUCUGCAGAUUAUUAAAAAUAUAUGUUUUAAUAAUUUAAACAUAUUAAAAUUGUAUAUUGUGAUAAAAAGUGCCACGUCUUUAAAUGUGUCGCAGGUGGCAGAAGUAUGCUACAUGAACCGUUAUAAAAACCUUUUUCCUAUAUUUUUGAAUCAUUUUCCUGUUGUUUCACACGUUUCCUCUGAAAAAACUGAUUACUUAAUUUUGUGCAUAAUUAAAUGCCCAAUGUUAUUCCCCGCUUUGAAUAGAAAACGUUUUAAAAGCUCAAGAAGUUUUCCCUAUCAAUGUAUUUUAAAAAUAAGAAGAAAAUUUUCAAAAAGUUUUAGACUUUUAUUCAUUUACAUUAUUCAGUUAAACAUAAAACGACAUUAUAAAAUAAAAUUUAUACCCAUUUCGUCAAAAGUAAGAUUAAAAGAUCCCCUAAAUGUUUUCAUGGAAGACAAUCAUAAAAGGGAUAUUGUAAAAAUUAAUUUGAAGUAUUCUACGGGAGAAAUACACUGCAUAAUAAUGGAGACGCCUUUAAAAUGUGUAGAUAAUUUCAUUGUAUACAGAAAGAAGAAAAGGAAAGAAAAUCAUAUAAAUAACACAACAAAACAAAUGAACAUGGUAGGGAUUAACAUUGACAUAGUAACAGCUGGAGCUAUUGAAUUUCUUCCCAUAUCAGAAACACAUGUCAAAGGUAAAAUUUGCUAUAAUUUAAUAAGAAACCAAAUCGAUAUAUCAAUUUUGGUAUACAAAUAUUGUGAUAUUUCAGCAUUCAAGCAUGUACACAUGAAAACGCAAUGUGUAGGGUUAAGUGAGGAGACAUACAUCAACAUUGUCAAAGUAGGUCCCAUUAGUAAUGGAAAUAAGAAAAAGACUAGUGAUAGUAGCAAAGGGAGUGAUAAUCGAAAAAGUGGCAAUAACAGCCAAAGUGGUGACAGUGGAAAAAGCCCUGAUAACAACCAAAGUGGUGACACUGGAAAAAGCCCUGAUAACAACCAAAGUGGUGACAGUGGAAAAAGUGCUGAUAAGAGCCAAAGUGGUGAUAAUGGGAAAAACAGAGGCGGCAGCGGUAACAACGGAGAUGAUAAGGACGACGAAAAAGAUAAGAAGAAAAAUCACGAAGAUGAUAAGGAAGAAAAGAAAGAUGACACGAAGGAAAAUGACAAGAAGAGGAGCGGUAGUAACGGUGGUAAUGAGAAGGGGGGUGUGAAUGCAAGAACGAAUGGAAAUAGAAAUGGAAAAACGAAUGGAAAUAGAAAUGGAAAAACGAAUGGAAAUAGAAAUGGAAAACCGAAUGGAGAUAUCAGUGGCAGCACGAAUGGAGAUAUCAGUGGAAAAACAAAUGGAGAUAUCAGUGGAAAAACAAAUGGAGAUAUCAGUGGAAGCACGAAUGGAAGCAUGAAUGGAAAUACUGAAACUCGUGGUAAAAAUAAGAAAGGGGAAAAAGGGAAAAAUAAAAACAAAAGCAAAGGAGAGAAUCCAAGUGGAGGAUUAUUGUUAAAUCAAAUCGAUGCUGUAAGGGAUGAUACUGUAUCGAUUAAUAACGAUUCUCCUGUAUUAAAUAAUGAAAAGAAAGAAACUAUUAAAAGAAAGAAGGGAAAUAAAAUAGGAAAAAAAAAUUGCAAUAAUGAAAAAAAUGAUAAGUAUUCACUUAAUAUUCUUAUUGCAGAAAAUGCAUAUAAAAUUAUAAAAAAUGGAAGAGUGUAUAAAAAAACUGAACCAGUUUUUAAUUUUCAGACACAUCAAACUUUUAUAUUAAAAGAAAUGAUGUGGAUGAGCAUUGAUUAUUAUGAAGAAAGAAGAUGGAAAAAGAAUGUGUCGAAACGAUUUAGUUAUCAAGUGAAUAAUCAUUUUGAAGAAAGGAAAAAAAAUGAUAAACAUUUUAUAUCAUCACAAAUAUCGAAUGAUAUUAAAAUGUUUUGGUUUUUCAUAUUAAACGAAAUCAGACCUGAUUUAGUUCCAGUAGAUGUAGAUCACAAGGUGAAAAAUAAAAAUAUUAUAAAAAAAAAAUUUUUCACAUCCAUCAAGAAAAAUUUUAAAAUGGAAGAAAAAAAUCUUCUCAACAAUAGAGAAAAAAUCUCGUCUUCUAUCAAUGAUAUAUGUAACGAAAAUGAUAAUGAAAAACUUAUCCAUCAGAUUAGCGACAUUGAACAGAAUAAGAGUAAUAAGAUCACUGCGAAAGACUCAAAUUCGAACAGUAUAUUCAACGUAGCUCGUAGUAUGUUCUCCUUAAAUUUUAUGAGUAAAAAGAAAGAUCAUCAAAGUGACAGCAAUAACAUCAACAGUAGCAAUAGCAGCAACAUCAGUAACGGUGAAAAUGAUCCCAUAAUUUCAGCCAAAAGUAAGGAAAACAAAAAUGAUGAUUCCUAUGAGCCAUCUCAUGAAGAGAAAGGCAUAAAAAAUGUCGGAAAUUCUCCAAGUUCCCAUUCCACUAAUAUGAUCCCGAGCAUUGAUAAAGAAAAAGCUGAAUCAAAUACUAAUCAAAUCCGAAUGGAUGAAACAAGGAUAAUGAUUUAUCAAAAAUAUGAAGAAAGUCUUACACGCUUAGAGGAAAAUGUGAACAGAGAAUUGUUAAGCAGAUACGAAUAUGAUAAUAGGAGAUUUUGUGGCUAUUCAGAAAAUUUCAGAUUUUGUGAAAAUGAAUACAGUAGCAUAAUCAAUUAUAAUGAUGGUUAUAUGGAUUAUUAUUCCUGUAGCAACGACUACCUUGAUUUAAGUAAUCAUUUGUAUAUUUAUUGUUUACUUUUUAUAAGUAUCACUCUCAUUGAAGUUGAUGAAAACAUUUUUAAUAAAAAUGAAAUUCUUCUAAAUGAUGAUAACUCUGCGUACUCGGAUGCUGAAAGGGAGUUGUGGGUCCCACUUGGAGGAAAGGCCAAAUUGAUGAAAAGGCAAAACGAGCUGAAUGGCAGAAUGAAUGACGAACUGAAUGGCAAAUUGGUCUAUACCAAACAUGAGAAAAAAAGAAGAAAAAAAAAAGCAAAUGAAAAUAAUAAUUAUUACAAUAACACCAUUGAUGUGUACGAGCAGCUGGAAGAGAAAGAACCCGCGCAGGAGCAGAAAUAUCAUCUCCAAGAAAAUGAAAGGAUAGGAGAAGGUGAGGAACACGCAAAAUCGAAGGAUCAAAGGAAACAUAACAAAACAAUCAAAUUGGAAAUUGUUAAGCAAGAGUGUAAAAGUGAAGUGGAAGAAUAUGACGAAGAUGUAUACAAAGAAUACUCCAUGAACUUUAGUGAAUAUCAGCAAAUGGAAGGUGGAGAUGGUUUUCAUCAUACAGGAAAAGGAAAUUAUUUUUCCCAUAAUAUGAAUAACAUGGAUUACUACCACGACAAUGUAAAGCAUGGCCAUAAGUACAUGUUAACUACAGUGACCACCAGCCGAAACAGUAUAGAUGUUAAGGAUCUCCUUGUGAUACCAUAUUCAACUGUUGAUAGUAUAAUAAAUAAAGAAACAAGUAGUAACACCAUGUCUGAACAGAAUUUAAGUGAACAUUUAAACGAAAUAAAACAAAGAAACGUUAAUCUGUAUAUGAAUAAUAUGGAGUUAUAUGGAGCAAAAACGUAUCCAUUCGAAUUACAGCACAUAAACAGGUGUAAUAAGGAUAUCCAUUUACCAUUAAUGAACCUCUCAGAGUAUGAUGAACACACGUUUUUUUUAUAUUUAUUUUAUUUAAAAAGUGCUCCAUAUAUUAUAAAAAAGCAAAUUAAAAAAGAAAAAAAAAAACGUAAAAAAUAUUUCACAGAUGGUGCUGCAGCAAAAAAAAGGACGCCAAAACGUAGAUUAUUGAAUAAAGUGGAAGGUGAAAAGACAGCAGAAAUUAUUGAAGAAAAUGAAAAUUUUCCAACAAAUGAACAACAAGCGCUAACACAAGUAGAGGAAAAAAAUAUGUCUCAAUUAAAUGAGGCAAAUUACAUAGCAAAAAAUGAAAACCAAUCCUUUUCUUCCAAAAAGGACGAGAAAAAAAAUGUAAGUAUAAAAAAAUUAAGACUCACAACUGAUUGCGGUAGUAAGAAUGACAUUAAUAAUGGUGAGACGAAUGAAAUUAAUAAUGAUGAAGCGAAUGAAAUUAAUAAUGGUGAGACGAAUGAAAUUAAUAAUGGUGAGAUGAAUGAAAUUAAUAGUGGUGAAGCGAAUGAAAUUAAUAAUGGUGAGAUGAAUGAAAUUAAUAUUGAUGAGACGAAUGGCAUGAAUAAUGCUCUUGGUGAGGAAAAUGCACAUGUGGAAGAAACAAAGGAAGGACUCAAUUUUGCAGAGGAAUUGGAAGAACACAAUUUGAAAACAUGGAUGAGCAAAAAGGAAGAGUGGACAAAUGACGAAGUGAAUUUUCUUCUCAUUCUCACAAAGACAUAUAUGAAUUAUAUAAAUAUAGAUUGGGUAAAGACAAAUUGGAACAAUAGUGAUGAUUACUACCCAAUCGUGGAUAGUAAUAACAACCUCACUGUCACUGAGAAAAAUUAUAUGGAAGAGAACCUCAAAGAGAAAGGAGAAAAAUUAGCAACCAACUGCACAGAAGAGGGCAUUAUGAUGCAUGUAGAAUCUUCAGAAAAUGCAGAAAGUGUGAGACAUGGGUGCUCAACAUUGGAUGGUGAAGAAGUAACACAAACGUUUGACACACGUCCAAAGGGUACAUCACAUGCAGAUGAUAAGGACAAAGAUAACAAUGGUACCAAUAAAAAUCGAGAGGCCAACACAAAGGAUGACAACCAAAUUAAUAACGAAAGCUCGGGAAAAUUGGACAAAGAGAGAAAAAUUCAUAUGAACAAACUGAACGAAACAGUUUCCAAUCCUUGCAAGGAGCACAAGAGUGUGUAUCAGAUGGUUAGGGUCCAAAGUACAGAGAACAUGGAAAAUGCAAAAUGGCCAUUAAACGAUAUAUCCAAAAAUACUAACCAUAUUUACAACAUUAACUGGAAUAUCAUAUCAUUAGCACUAACCUCAUACAACAAAAUAAAUCACGUUUACCAAAUAAUAAGAACGGCGGAAGAUUGUAAAGAUAAAUUUUUCUCACUUAUUAAGGAAAAUAUGUAUACAAGCGUAAAAUGUACUAAUCUCCAUGAAGAAAAUUAUUUAAAAGGUAUAAAAAAGUUUAAAAAGUCCUCAAAACGGUUGAAAUUUAUGUCCAUAUUUCCCACUCCAAAUGCUAACAGUUUAAUAGGUUCAUUUAACAAAUAUAUGAGUGAAACAAUUGAAAGGCACAGAUUAAGGGAAAAGGAAAUGAGCAGUGGAUGUAACAAUAAUAAUCUUGUUGUCAACCCUGAGGUGGAACCAAUCGACGUGUACCAAAUUUCGCCAAGGAAAGAUACAAAUGGAGAAUUGCAUCAAAUGAAAGAAACAAACAAAAGUGAAAAAGGCAUGCGAGAUAACAAUGGAGAAGAAACAGAAUUGAAUGACAAAAAUUGGGAAUCUACUACUACUCCAUUUGAUGAAAAUAAAAAAUACGAACUAUUAAAUGAAAGAAUAUUAGAUGAAUUUUCAAAAGAAGAUGACCUUCUGAAUGUUAACACAAGUUUGAGUAGUAAUCCCAACAACAAUUGUACAGAAGAAAAUACACAUCACAGGAUAAACAAAUGUAAGGAAGAAUUAAAUGGCACUACACUUUUUUGUAAAAAUACAAAUUUAUGUACUAAUUUAAUUAAAGAUGAAAAUAUAUUUAAUAAUUUGUUUACUCAACUUUCGAGCAAUUCCAACGAAACAUCUGAGGAAGACACAGAUUGUGGAAAAGAUAGUUUUUUUAGCCCCAGUGAUUUGGACGAUUCGAUGACUUUGGAUCUAGAAAAAUUGUCACCUGUAAUGUCAGAACAUUUAAGAAAUAAUAUGGAAAAUAAAUAUCUCUUCGAAAAUUUUAAGGAACAUUAUAAUCAGCAGGAUCAUCAAGAUGAUAGUGAUAAAUUGCUAGAAAAAACACAAAAUCAAGGAUCAGGAGAAGAUGAACACUACGAUUGGUUAGCUCAAAUGGAACAAAUGUUUGAGGGAAAAAUGCGUAAUAAUGUGAAAGAUAAAUAUACCCAUGAUGCACAGAAGAAACUAAUGAAAGGAAAGGAAAAAAAAGAGGAUAUAAUACAAAUGGAUGAUAAUGUCAAGUGUUCAGAGGGGACUAAAGAAGUUGAUCUAUUGCUAUACAAUGAAAAGAUAAGAGAUAAUGAAAAUUUUGAAAGAACAAAUGAUGAAAGUAUAAAUGUGGAAUAUCAUAACAACCACAAAAAAAAUAAUGUUCCUUUGCGUAUCGAAAUCAAGAGUGAAAAUAUCGAAGAUAAAAAUAAUGAAAUGAUAUUUAAUGCGGACGGAUGCUUGUUGCUGGACUUUGAUGAUAAGGACAAUGUUUAUGUAUCAAACAUAUGUAAAAAUUCUGGGAAUCAAAACCUGGGAUAUUCCUCAAUAUAUAAUGAUAAAGACGCAAAGGAGAGCAUUACACAAAAGGAAGAGUCAGACGGUUUUGACAAUUUGAAAAAGUGGCUAAACUCUAUUUGUAGCAACAAAAAAAACGUGGAUGAAUUUUUAUCUUUGCUAAAAAAUGAUUAUCUUGUUAAGAAUAAAAAUUUUUAUAAAAUUAUUCAGAAUUUUUUAAACAAAAUUAAACCUAUUGUAGGAUAUUAUGAUAAUUUAUUGGACUCACUAAACAACGAAUGUAGUUAUGAAUUUCCAAAAAAUGAGCAUAUGAAUGGGUUUUGUUCAGAAAAAAUAGAUAAGGAAUUCGUUAAAUUUAUUAAAAAAAUAAUUGAUUAUGAUAAAAAAAGAAAGGAUAAAAGCAUAGAAAAGUUAAAUAGUUUGUCAAUAAAUAAUGAGACAUACAAACUGAAUGAAUUUUUUAUUUAUGCACCAAAUGAAUCAUACAAAACAGUAAAUGAUUUUGCACAACAGAUACUUAACUAUAUACCAUAUGUGGACGAUAAAAAAAAAAUAAAUAUUAAAAAAAUUAGAAAGCGAUAUCAGUGCAAAAAUUUGAUUUCACAAAUAUUAUUAGCUGACUAUAUUUUAGACGAACUAAAAAAUUUCCCAAUAAAGAAUGCAUAUAUGCCAUCCACCUAUAGCAAAGUAUAUGAUAAUUUACUUUCAGAGGAACGAUUAAAGGCAUACAAAAAAUAUAUCAGUGAAAAUUUGCAACGAUAUAACAAUAUAUCUAAAAUGGAGAAAUGCUGUACGCAUAUUUACCCAGAACAGAAGGAUAAAGAACUACUACUGAACCAACAUAUGGAUACUGUUAAUUAUCAAAAUGAAACAAAUAUCAAAAUAAAAAAUAUGAAUGACAGUAAUGCACCUUUGGAUGAAUUGUCACAAGAGAAAGAUGACAUAAAAAUAAGCAGAAACUAUGAACAUACGGAUUUAUUAUUUAAUAAAGAUAGUCAAAUUAUCGACAACGUAGAAAUGUGGAAGGGUCGUCAGGAUGGUGAAGUUCAUGCAACAAAUCAUGUACACAUAAAAAAUGAGGACUCAACUGAAACAUUAACUUUUAACAAAUAUGAAAAUAAUCAAAAUGUAUUGUUACCUAAGCAUGUGCAAGAUGUAUCCAAUAUGACACGUACAAGCUUAAGCAAAGAUGAGUAUACUAAAAAUAGCAACCAAGACGUCGUCUACAUGAAGAGUGAUAUGGAAAAAACAAAUUUGCAACGGCAGUAUGAUGAACAAGUGGAAUAUAUAAAACAAGGUGAGGAAGGAAAUCACAGUCUAAUUAACACUAUGGGGAAAAAUAUCAGUGGUCAGGUGAUAAAUACACAAACCCAUAAUGAUAACAGGUCGUUGGGUAACACGACAAAGGAUGAAGAACUAAAAAUUGAAAUAGGAACAAACCCCUCCAGCUCCAAUGAUAUCAACAUUUGUUACAAUCCGUAUUACACUACUGUUGAUAACAAUGGAAAGGGCAAUGGUAAAGGUAGUGCUAGUGUUAGAGGCAGUGGCAAUAACAAUGGUGGUGGAAGUGGUGGUUCUAAUGGCAAUGGUAGUGGCAGUUGUAAUGGCAAAGGCAGUGACCAGGACAAUAGCAAGGACAUUGUACCCAUGAUAAAUGAAGAAAUGGAGAAAACAGACAAAGAAUGGAUCAAGAAGAAGAAAUUAUUCAUGUUUCAAACAAAAUCGUUAAAUGGAAUCUCAAACGAAACUUGCAAUAUUGAUAAACAAAUGCAACAUUCCACGAAAAGUGAACAUUUCUUUAGCAACAGACAAAAAUCUAUGCCAAUAAAAAAUAUAGUCAAGACAAAUAAAAUAACCAAGUAUAAAACGUCCAUAGGUGUGUCAAAUUUUUCUGGAGAAAUAGUGAAGAGUAAUAAUAGUAUAUUAAAUUAUUUUCCCAGUGGAAACAAUGCAUUACUGAAUAAUAGUACACUAGAAAAAAUGCAAAUGAAAAAUGAUCUACCUAUGAAUAACUUUUCAUUGGAGGAACAAAAUGGAACAUAUUUCCUAGAAGGAGAUACAAAUAUAGAAAAUAAGAAUUAUGUAUCACAUGAAAAAAUGGCUAAUGUGCAUAACAAUUCAAAUGAUAUGACUGUUCUGCCGAAUGUCUCAAAUGGUCAUUACACAUUAAGUCAUGAUAAUGAUAAAGUUAUUUUUUCAAACAGGAAGCAAAAAUUAUUCAGUGCUAAAUUUAAUAGCACUCCAAAUAAAAAUACAACAGUGGAGAAUCUAACCAACUGCUUAGCAAAUCAAUCAGUCAUUCCAGUUAACCCUAUUGCAUCUAAUCAUAUUACAUCUAAUCAUAUUACAUCUAAUCCUAUUAUAGCCAAUUCUAUUACAUCUAAUCCUAUUAUAGCCAGUCCUAUUACAUCUAAUCCUAUUAUAGCCAAUCCUAUUACAUCUAAUCCUAUUAUAGCCAGUCCUAUUACAUCUAAUCCUAUUAUAACCAAUGCUAUUACAUCUAAUCCUAUUACAGCAAUUCCUAUUACAGAUUAUUAUAUGCAUAACCAAUCCCCUUCGAAAUGGAACAAAUGUUUAUCUAAUGUUGAGUCCAUAAAAUCAAAUGUUUCUACAAUUCCACAUCAACAAACACAAAGCUGGAGCGACGUACAAUUCCCCACAAAGGAAGAUUCUCCUUCCAUCAGCAACAACCAACUGAGACCUUCCCCCAACCUGAAUGAUUCAAAUAAUUGUAAUAUUAUUGGGGUAAAUAAUGGAGAAACUAUACAUAGCAGUUCAAAGAGUAACAGCUCAAAGAAUAACAACUCGAAGAGUAACAACUCGAAGAGUAACAACUCGAAGAGUAACAACUCGAAGAGUAACAACUCAAAAAGUAACAGCCAAAAGAGUAACAGCCAAAAGAGUAACAACUCAAAGAAUAGUAGGACCUCCAAGAACAGUAACCUUAGUUAUAGCAUUGUUCAUAAUAGUACUGGCAGCUGUAAUAAUACGGGGCUUAAUUAUAUUGGAUUACCUGCUAUAUCUAAUCCAAAUUGCGAAGAAGAGAAAUUCCUAUCUCCUAUACAUGUGUCUCCACAAAGUAGACAGUACAUCCCAUCCAAUGACACAAAAGGUCAGAUUGUUCAUAAUAAACCUUCUUCUUUAUGCUGUGAAUCCAUGGAAAUGAAUUCAAUGAAAGCAUCAACAAAUAGCCUAAUAAACAGUAGUUGUAAUUCUAGACAAAUGGAAGUUUCGUCGAAUGGAUCAGUUAAAAAGAUACAGAACACAAUGAAUAAUACAUUAAAUACAGAAAACAAAAUGUAUUCUACGUAUUUGGAAAAUCAAGCAAGAGGAGGAUUAACUAUAGCAUCAGGAUCACCGUCAUCAUCAAUAAGUAAAAUAAAUGACGAUUCAUUUUCUAUAAAAUCAGGAACCCCAAGCAAUUACUCAAUUGGAUAUGGAACAAAUCAAGCAUUAAUUCAAGAAAUGGAUGCUAACUCAAGAAUUUUACAUGAACAAAUGGCAAAUAAUCAAGAUAUAUUAAAUUCUGAUCAGAAAUAUUUUAUUGAUAUAAAUAACAAAAGUAGUAACAUGACAAAUUAUAGUUAUAAUACCAUAUCAAGAUAUUCUAGCAAUAAUUUACAAAAUAUGAAUUCAAUGAGUAGUGAUAGCAGAUCAAAUAUAGUUUUAAAUUAUAGUCAUCCGAAUUUUUCAACUGUGAACACGAAUUACAUACCAUCCAAUCCAAUACAUAAUAAAAGUAACUCUUCCCCAAAUAAUGGAAGAAGUGCAUUUGUACAUCAACCUACACAUUCAAUAUCAAAUUUAGUAAAUAUAAACAACAACACAUUAGAUAAUGUAGAACUUGUGAACUUUUCUAAUGAUUCAUUUAACAAAAACACCAUUUGCCUAAAUCAGAAUAAUUUAAUAAAUGAUGAUAAUGGUGAAAAAAGAAAUCUUACUUCUGUUGUAGCAAAAAAUGUUACAGAUAAUAGUGCACACCUCUUUCAAACCAUGCAACAGAGGAAGAUCCAAACUGAUAUGCAAAACGCAAUCCCUGAUAAUCACAAAGUACAACAGAACUAUGCAAAUAAUAGUAACGGUGUUGGUAGCAGUUUUAGCAAUGUAACUAGCAACAACAUCGCUAGCGUUGCUGGCAAUUACGUCGAUACUAACGCUUUGUCCACUGUAUCACCCAAUGCACAAAACACAUUACAACAUCCUCAUGUACAUGUGAAUGAUCAAAAAAAUAAUUACAUUUUUAGUGUUAAUGAAAGAGACCCAAAUAACUACACGUCCCUGAAAAACCCAGGAGCGAAUGUACAAGGGCUGAGUCAGCAACCCCUAAAUCAGCAAAAUUUGAAUCUGAACAAAAUGAACAGUCCAAAUAUGAAACAUAAUAACGGAAAUUUGCAAAAUAGAAAAACUGGAGGGAGCGUUAAUUCGUACGUAAACCAGAUGAAUUUCAUUCUUCAAGUAUUGAAUCAGUUAAAUGCAAAUUCCAAAAGCCACAUUCCAUCAAACGUGAAUCGCCCAGAAACGGGGAAGACAACAUUAGAAAAACCCGGGUCAAGCAAACCCAUUAUGAACAUGCCAAAUAUGAGUUGCCAAAGUGUUAACCAGCCAAGUUUUUGUCAACCGAGCUUGAUUCAGCCCAGCAUGAGUCAGCCCAACAUGAGUCAGCCCAACAUGAGUCAGCCCAACAUGAGUCAACCGAGCAUGAGUCAACCGAGCAUGAGUCACCCUAUUAUGAGCCAAUCCAACAUUAACCAACAGAAUUUAACGGCACCAAUUUUUUGUCACCCAAGCAACAAUACUACGCAAAAUGGAAAUAAGAACAUGAAUUUGCCUCCAUAUGAUUCCCCAAGUAUAAAAGGAAAGAACGCCAAACAAGUAUUUAGCGAUAAUAAUAUAAACAACCCAAAUAUGGUAAAUAUGGGUGUAAAGAGUAACCUGUCAAAAAAUAUAAUACACAAAAUGUCGCAAAAAAAUAUGUUCUCAUCACAAGAUAUGAUUCAACAGAAAUUAUUGCAACAGCAACAGGAACUAUUGCAGCAGAAAUUACAACAACAAAAAAUGCAACAAGAAUUGUUCCAGAAGGUAUAUAAUGACAAAGAUAAUCAUUCAAAUACCCCACAAUCAGCAUUUCAGGAAACACCUAGCCAGUGCCCAACUGACAGUUUAAUGCAAAGUGAUAAAAUUAGACAGCAAAAACUACUUCAAAAUUUUCAGCAAGAGCAAAUACAAAAACAGCUUCAGCAGUUGCAUUCUCAGCAGCAGUUCCAGGUACAUCAGAUACAGCAACAGGUGCACUCUCAGCAAUCAUCGUCACCCUUGAAAGCACAACAGCUACACACACAACAGAUGCAUCCGCACCAAAUGCACAAUCAACAGUUGCAGCAAAUUCAAAUGCAGAAACUUCAGUAUCAGCAACAGGAGUUGAAGAAACAUAUGGAACAAUUGCAACAAAAAAUUCCCAUAUCACAACAAAAAUUGCAGCACCUGUAUAAUAUAAAACAAAAUAUUUUGUUAAGUGAAGAAAAUGAAAAAAAACAAAAGCAUAGUAUGCAAAUUAGCAUACCUCUAAAUUCCCACGUACCGAACAUGCACACUUUAAAACAAAUAAAUAGCAACGAUGAACCUGUUUUGAAGGAAAAUUUGAGUAACAAUAUAGGGACUAAUGUAAGCCCAAGCAUAAACAGUAAUAUGGGAAGCAGUAUGGGUGGCAACAUGGGUGGUAAUUUGAACGAAAGUGCACUAUAUAUUAUAAAUAGAAAAAUGUCUAAUAAUUCAAAUAAUCUAAGUAACUCAGAAAACUUUUAUAAUUACGAUUCAUUUCAGCAUUCUAUACCUCCUAACAAAAUUGAUGUAAAAGAUAUGAGAAUCCAUGACAAUAAAAAUAUAAAUGACAAUAAUAUUUUAUUAAAUCCAUCCCAAUCGAGAGAUAUAUGUAACAACAGUAUAUCUCCACAUAUUCUAUCGAACAAUUUGUUUCCUUAUAUUUCUCCCAAUUCUCCGUAUAAGCUGAAUUAUCAUAAUAAAAAUAAAAUGAACAAUAACCAGCAACAACAGUAA